UUCACGAGUCUGCUUGGCUACAGACUGUUGUGGAGUACAAGAGCAUCACCAACCUGACUGGCUGCGCCUCUACUUACCACAACGCAACGAACCCGAGGUGACCAAGUGGAAUGCCAUGGCAUUCCCUAACGGAUCCUACGACCCUAACAAGACCGUCUACUUUGGGCGUGGGUAUCUGCAGCUUACCUGGGCCUACAACUACGGCCCUGCCUCAUUGGACCUCCUCGGUAACCUGGAUCUGCUUAUUCACCCCGAGCGGGUUGCCAAUGAGCCAGACCUGAGCUGGGGAACCGCUUUCUGGUACUGGAAGGCAAAGCUCCACUCUGCUGCUGGCGUGACCAAGGGGCAAUUUGGCGCAUCAAUCAAUGCUAUCAAUGGUGAUCUUGAGUGCUCAAAGGUCAAUAACGAGAGUGCCAAAUCCCGUUUGGAAAUUUACAAGAAGCUUUUGGGCAAGUACGCUCCGACGAUUAAGGUUGACACUGCUGGGUGCAAAGGCCUGGAGCGACUCUAGCCUGCUGCAGAGCAACUCCUCAUAUUACUCCUCACGUCAAAUAGCAUAUUCAUAGGUACUUCAAAGUGCAGAAUUGUAAACACU